AUGACUCGUGGAAACAACAAUCUCAGUUUCCAAUCGUUCAACGAUCAUCUCGAGUACCUUGUCAGAUUCGAUCAUAUGGAGAUUCUCGAGUUCUUCCACAACAAGUUUAAAAAUGUAAAGUGGUCAUUGCACAACGCACUAUAUAGAUCUUUAGUUAUGAGAAAGGAAAGAUACAUCAGGUUCUUCGUUGACAAUAGAUUCUCAGAUUUCAAUUCUUCAUUGAUUUCGGUGGCUGUGUCAAUGUGCGCAAUAGGCUGUUCAAUCGAUAUAGUCCGAUACGUAUGUGAAAAGUUUGACCGAUACUAUCUGUCAAAAGACAACCUAAACUCUGUUAUAAUAGGUGGUAAGCUUGAUGUGGUUAAAUACUUCUUGGAACCGAAUGGCAAGAAUAACAACUGUGUUAUGGAGUGUCCAAUCGAUUCCGCCGUCGACGCUGCACAUUAUCAGAGCAAUGAAAUGGUUAUGUAUUUCAGUGAGAAUCAUCCAUCUACCAUAACACGCAAAGUCAUCGAUACACUUGCCAAGCAAGGUAGUUUGGGUAUUAUGCGUCAACUACUUGAGCAGCAUAGCAUUGGAGGUACUACAGCAGCGAUUGAUUUAGCAGCGAUGAACGGACACUUUAAUAUUGUCCAGUGGUUAACGGAACACUCCAAAACUGGAUGUACUUCCGAUGCACUAGAUUAUGCAGCUGAACGAGGUCAUCUGAGUGUUGUUGAGUUUCUUCAUAGCAAUCGAGUGGAAGGAUGUACAAAACGAGCGUUAAAUUUAGCAGCAACAAACGGUCACCUACAAGUCGUUAAGUUCUUACAUUAUAAUCGAAGUGAAGGUUGUAAUACCAAGGCGGCAGAAGGCGCAGCAGUCAAUGGACAUCUUGAAACACUUAAAUUCCUGCUUGACAAUCGAACCGAACAGUAUGGCGUUAAUAUAUUGGAUAAAGUAGCUCAUGCAGGUCAAUUAGAAGUAUUGAAAUACCUUAUUUCAAUUAAAAAAGGAGGUCCCUCACUACGAUUCAAUAAUACCAACAUCUUUAACAACUGUGUAUCAUCGCGUCGCCUUGAAGUCGUCAAAUACCUUCACCAGGAAUGUGGUAUGAAAUAUAAUGAUGCCGCUAUCGAUUUGGCUAUCUUGAAUAACGACACAACUAUGCUUAAAUAUCUUCUAGAGUUUGCUGAUUUCCAGCCUAUCCAAUGCAACAAUCAGCGAAUGAUAAAAGUCGUCGAGAAAAACUACUUUGAUCUACUAAAGAUUCUAUGGGAGAAGAAAUUAUGUGCAAAACUAUGUAUCAGGACACUUUCGUAUAACAACAGAUAUGAAAUGUUUAAAUAUGCUCUUGACAACAAUAUUCAUAUUUAUGGUCCAAAAUGUUCCAUUGAAAAAAUGAAACAAUCUCUUUAUUUAAAUAUACCUUACUGUUAA